AUGCCACUCCCAGUCGGCGAAGGCGAGGACGACCAGGCGCUGGACUCGCAAGAUGUUAUAAACGGAAUACGACAAGAUGACGAUAUGGAGAUGCGAGACGGGACAUCUGGCAAACGAACAGGCGCUGGUAACACUCAGCAGCAAAACAACGAACCACGAAAGCCCAACAAAGUCCGCAUCACGACACCAUAUCUCACAAAGUAUGAGCGGGCAAGAAUAUUGGGAACGCGAGCUUUGCAGAUUAGCAUGAAUGCACCCAUUCUCGUCCCCGCCGAGGGAGAGACGGACCCGUUACAGAUAGCUAUCAAGGAGCUGGCCCAACGCAAAAUUCCAUUAGUCAUUCGACGCUAUCUCCCAGACGGCAGCUUCGAAGACUGGAGUGUUUCCGAGCUGAUCUGCGAUUAG